CUGAUGCGUACUGUUUGUGGUUGUACCGCCCACUGCGUUGAUUUCUACGUUCACAACAAUCUACCGAUCGACGGUGUACUAAAGAAUCGUCGUCCUGUAUAUGAACAUUAGUAGUGCCUCGGGAAUGCGAUAAAAAACCAACAGCAACAGAGGCAAAUUUCGAAACCUACUAUACAACUAAAUAGGGACACAACAACGUACCGUACUGGAGCAACAGUGCGGGAUAAACAGAGGAAAAGUGUUUGUGUGUUUAUGUGUGUGCGUGUGUGUGUGUGAUUAAGUUUAUAUCUUCGGCCUGAUUCUCUUUUAGCCACGAAAGAGGAAUAACGGCUACACGAACAAAAAAACACGGAAUUAGCAUCGUUUCUAUAACGCUGCAUUAAAUGACCGCUAGGCGCGGAAGAUCAUCACAUACAGUAGAAGCUACAGGAGCAAUAUCCAGAUAACCCCAUCAUGUCAGCACCGCGAGAAAGUAUCAUGACGGCACCGUCUGGUUCUGUGAACAGUAACAAGUUUAAUAUUGUAGGAUCCGGAACAAGUAAUAACGUUCAAGCGGCUGGUGGAGGAGCAGCAGAAGGACACGGUGGUGCAAAUUUUAGCAAUACCAACAUCAGUGCAGUACCACAGCCCUCGUCUGGCGGGAAUGUGCUAGUUUCGGAUGGAGCGGGUGCCGCUAGUAACAAUCGCCUUCGACACCAUCCGGUCCAUCAUCCAGCUAUGGAGUGCAAUGAAACCGUUGCGGCUAGCGGUUUACAGCAGCUUUCCAAUGUGGCCGCACUCAAGCUAAGGGGCGAAUGCGCUGGCCCCACCACAGUACAGUAUUCCAACAUGAUCUGCACGAGUUACGGUGCGACGACGGCAACGGCGACGACGACUACUAUGUCGACGACGCUGAGCAGCAAUAAUAGUAGCAGUAAUUUUAGCAAUAGCAGCGUCGGCGCCACCACCCUGAGUACCAGUAACAGCAAUAGCCACAGUAGUAAUAGUAGUAGUAACGCCAGCGGUGGAACCCAGUUGAGCAACAGUAUCAAUGUAAUACCGGGGCAGAGCCCAACGCUGGGAACGGGUGGAGACGUAGGCAAUCGUAUGCAAGUGCUAAGCAAUGUGACGCUGGUUUCGAAGGGUCAGCAACCUCAGCAGCAACAAAUGCAAUUACAAAUGCCGCAAACGACGCCGACCUUCAAUUACAUCGAUUCAAGCGGGAAAAACAUUAACGUGUACACCUCGAUCUGUGGAAAGCUGAGUUCCAGCAAGCUGAUCAGUUUGCCGAUAGCAAAAAUGAAAAAUCUCAACAACCACCAGCAGCACCAGUUCGUCGGUUCGCAGCAGCACCAGUUGUUGUCUUCCUCGUCCGUUUCAAUGCCACAACAACAACAUGUACCGACGGUGUCGAUCGCUGGUGGCAUCCUUACUAGUACCAGUAACAGCAGCGGUAGCAGCAUUGGCUCAACGUCGGCCACAACAACGAUGGUGCAGAAGCUAACGAUGCCCCGAAAUAUUCAGCUCGUCACGCGGAUACCAUCGUCCAACAGUAGCGGAGGGCCGACGGCCAACCAGACGGCCACAACAGCACUUAGCAAUGGCAGUCGUAUACUGCAACAGCCCCAGACAAUUCAGUACAACAACACGAUCGGACAGAUUCAGGAUACGGGCGGUGGUGGACUAGCGACAAUCGGUGGAACACCAAUAGAGCUGAAAAAUGUAGUAACCGCCCAUGUGAAACCAAUCCCGGUAACGAGCAAAAGCAAGGUUAGCCAGAAUGCAUCACUCAAAAUGUUGCAACACCAGCAGCCAAGACUGUCAAACGUGACGUUAAAGCCGCUCGCCGUUAUGAAGCAGCAGCAGCAGCAGCAACAGCAACAAUCAUCGACAGCGGUUAAUGUGAGCUUAAAAACCGUUCGAAAUAGCCUAUCGUCACAAAAAGGAGCAGGCACCAUUGGGAGCAACGUUACGCCAAGCAAUGUUUCGUCUUCGAUGUUUUACAUGAAGAGCAAUAGUGGCCCCACAUCUGUACCAUCUGCAGGGUCACUGGAGUUGCAACAAAUGGGAGGAUCCGUCCCGGCGGCGUCUGUUUACACUACAUCAACCGCACAAGCUGUCUAUCACAAUGCCCAAGCCAUUCAGCAACAGGCGCAGAUGAUGAUCCCUGUAUCAUCCUACGCCCCGAGUAACAGUAGCAGUAGCAAUAACAUUGUUGCCAAUAGUAUAAGUGCUGGAACUACUACGCCGCUAAAUAGCAUAAAAUUGACGGCACCAAUUCACCACAUCCUGGGUGGAUCUAAACAAUCCGGCACCGCGGGUGUUAACAUGCUGAAAUCGGGCAAAAAUCAGCUGAUACAGAUACAUCAGGUAUCAUCUCAGUCACGUACGCAAUCGCCACAGUUGCAGAGCUCGUUCAUUGGUGCCAAUGUUGGUGCAAGCGGAAUUCAACAGCAGCAGGUCGUGUUGCAGCACCAACAACAACAACAACACACACCCGGUGCUACGAUGAUGAUAAACGUACCCCAUUCGCUCAGUAGCAGCAAAGUUCCUAGUGGUAGCCGGUUCACACCUGCUUCGAUCGGUAGUGCGACUAACUACAUAGUGAGUUCCUCCGCCUCUAGUAUGGGAGUGUUCGGAACUGCUGCAACAUUAACAACGACAAGCUCAUCAACACUCUCAGCACCAGCAGUCGGUGGGAGCGGUCACAAAGGAUUAAACAAUCUCUACACAGCUGCUGCCACUGUUGGAGGAUACGAUCAGCAUACGCUUGCUGAUGCGGUUUCAAAAUAUGCCAGCGGAAAGAGUGCUACAGGCAACAGCCUACCACCGAAUGUUAUUAAUCCACCACCCAGUGGCGCUCCGUCGUCGAAAUCCGGCAAGGGUGCUGGAGGACGUGGACGCCACAAUAGUGGCAGCCAAUUUCAACUACAUACUUCUCUUGCCUCGUCUCCACCGGUUGCUUCCCAUCACUACGUGGCACUUGAACAUCAGUUGCCACCGUCGGCGGGAGUUGAUCAGCAUCCAACGUCCCAACAAGCGUCUGUAAGUCAUACGGCAUCGUCACCGUAUCGUUAUGCAUAUGCCUCCUCCCCAUCGAGCCUGACGUCCGGCAGGACGACAGUAUCGCAACAGUCUGGAGCAAGUCCUUCUGGCGAUGCAGAUAUGAUAUAUCUGAAUGGUCAGUCGGAUGAAACGGCAACAGCGAGAAUAUUACAGAGUUUAUCGCAGAAAUCGCACGAAACCUCUAGCGGUAAUGUGAAAACCUACACCCGACAUCAUUCAUACGAUCCAUCGCAAUCCUCCGCUACAGGAACUGGGGCUGCGAAUAGACAUCGCUAUGAUUCGUCUGGAUCGACAGACGGUCGUAGAAUGAGCGGGUCUGUCGAAGCAACAACGAUCCUGUACGCGGACAGUAUUCCAUUGCGAGAAUGCAAUACGACUAACACAAUGCAACAUCCUGCACACUAUUCCGCCCGGGAUGAUGACGAAGGAAACAGCAUCGAAGUGCGCCCCGGUCCGGUGGAUCCGUCCGCCGGUCUUUUCUAUAUCCUGCAGGCAAUAAUGCAGGAUCACACCUACUGUGAGCCGCUUUCGUCGAAUGUUACAGAACAACACAGGAACGCUUUUCCGCAGGGAGUUAUUUCAUCAAACCUGCAAAAUAUCCCAUCGAAUGCUGCAGCAAUGGUCCCCGGUUCCGUUAUGUCUGGUGUCGAUAUGAGCAGCUUGGCGAUGGUAACCACUGCACCAUUGUCUUCGGGGUUAAAUUCUGCAACGACGACGAUGGCCGCUCCGUCCCUUCCCGCCAGUAACAGUUCGUCCAUAGUGAUACCAUUGGCACAGAUGAACUUGGCAAAGUUGACUUCAGCAGCUGUAGCGAGCGAAUUGUUAGGAAGCGCGAAAGGUACUACCGGCGGUAUGUUCGAGUAUCUGUACCAGGCUAAGGGAGGAUUAUCAACAGCACGUCCGGGUGCUAACGAUGAUAACGACGACGCACAAUCGGUCAUCAGUACUGGUUCCCGUGCGGGACAUGAUAAUGACUUGGGUGAGGAAACUGAUACGGCUCCGGAGGGUGAAGGCGAAGACGACUCCGUUACGCGUUGCAUCUGUGAUUUGACGCAUGAUGAUGGCUAUAUGAUAUGCUGUGAUAAAUGCUCCGCCUGGCAGCAUGUCGAUUGUAUGGGAAUCGAUCGGAUGAAUAUACCGGAUGAGUACAACUGCGAGCUCUGUCAGCCUCGUCCCGUCGACAAGGCACGCGCACGGCAAUUGCAGCUGCACAAGCGCAAAGAGCAGAGCCUGUUUUUCGCUAACAACAAUGUUACAGUUUCGGGAGCAACAUCCUCAUCUGCUGUAACACUGACGGAAGGUGUUAUAUCCGGUACGAAUCAGCAGCUGCCUCCGACACCACCGCUGAGCGUGAAGGGAGGCAACCAACAACAACAGUACGGCCAUCAUCAGCAGCAGUAUCAGUACAACGAUGUGAUGCCGCAUUCGCAGCUGCAGGGACACUUGCAGCAGAGUAAUGGUUCGACCGGAACAAACCAUGCCGCCCCAGCAACGCCCGCGAGAGGUUCGAAAAAGUCAAAAUCGGCAGGCAUUGGCGGGUCGCGCAAGAAGUCGGACAGUAUUUCAUCUGCCACGUCGAUAAACGCUCUGAUGGGAAGCACCAAUAACGUUAGUAACAUUGUGAAUGCUAUAAGCAUGGUACCGACCAGUGCGACCACCCCGUCAGCGAUGGUGAUGAGUAGUAGCGAAGGUGGGGCAUUGGGAGGAGCUAUACUUCCGCCUGGCGGAACAAUGAUGGAUCCAGCUGCAGCUAACAUGGCCGCAUUGGCAUUAACCGCGUCGCAGAUGGUCGGUGGGCUACCUGCACCAAUGUCAACAGCACCCGUACCAAUGUACUGUGAUACUAGCAAUAGUACCGGCGGAGUGAUGAAAAAGCUCGGUAAAAAAGCCGAUACAGCCAUAAGCAGUCGUUUGAAUGGUGGCAAGCGUGUGGUAGCAGGCAAAGAGCUACGUUCCGUUGCUGUCGGUGCGCCAACGGCCGCUGCAUCGCGACCAUCGAAGAAAAAGUCCAAGAGUGCGGAACAAAGCACGGAAAAGCUGAUGAACAUGAUACGGACCUGGAUAGAUAGUUACGAGCGUGCGACCACGAAUCAUUACUCGCCGGAGUUGAGAGCACGGCUGCAAGCGUUCGCCAAACUGCAAGCACAAAACCCGCUGUUGACGGACAGUCGGCUGCUUUCGGUGCCGGGUGGAAUGAAUCAACCGAUACGUUGUACCACCGUGCCGCACGCUGGCGGAAAAAUCCUCAUCGGCACGAGCGACAUCGAACCACGGACCCCGAUUAUUGAGGUACGAGGUAAAUACAUGCUCACCACCCAGCACAAACAGCUUCAGUCGUUGUUUAAUAUGGCUGCGAAUGGUAAACUAAGCCAGAACAAGAAUGCCGGUCCGUUCCUAUUUCUCUACCAGCUACCUGCCGCUGGCUGUGGUGGGAUGGAGCUUUGCGUCGAUACGCGCACGUACGGCAACGAUGCACGGUUUGUGCGCCGAUCCUGCCGACCGAAUGCGGAGCUCUUGCACAGCGUAGAGAAAGGCGUGGUGCACCUGUACAUUGUAGCGACAACAAACAUCAAAUCGAACACCGAGAUUACCAUCCGUCACGACGAACAGCUGAUUCAUCGAAUGGGAGGUGUCGUCAUACUUACACAUACGACUGUAACGAACGUGUGUGCAUGCGGUUUGAUAAAGGACUGUGCAUAUUCGUCGCAGCUAAACGAUUCGGCGGGAUUAACCGGUGGAUCUCCUCCUGGCAGCUCCACGGUCGCUCCAGUUGGAACUACAGGAACAGUCGUUGCGAAGGGUAGUGGGAAAGUUGGUUCGAAACGGGCCCUAGGCGAGAGUGGGCUCGAUCAGCCGGGAAAGGGAAAAUCGAAGAAGACUCGCAAUAACAGCACUAGUCGGUCAGCUGAUGGGCGUAAUCGAUCAAUUUCCUCGAGCGGAGGUGAAGGUGACUCCAUGUUUGGAACACCCCAGGGUGCCGGCCAGUCAGGAUGUAUGAUGUCACCACCAACAUCCUCCACCAUGCUGCAACCGGUACCUCAACAACAAACGAACUUACAUCAAGAACAUUCACAACAACCGCAAGCGAUGAUGCUGGGUCCACCGCUGAUGGGAUCUCCAUUAGCACAGCCCCAAGGAAUCGCUGCUAUUGGAUCACCUUUUAUGUAUUGCCAAGCGCCGGUAGCAUCACCACAUCAUCCGUCAUCAGGGCCACUGCAAACGAAUACCAUGCCUCCGACGUCGCCGUACCAUCAGUACGAUAUGAAUGCACCACUUCGUUCACCACCAGCCCAUAUGACACCGGUACAAUCUCCACAGCAAACACCACCACUGUCUGGUGGUGCACCCAAUCCACUGAUGGCAAUAAAUACCGGUGUGCCGCAACCAUUGACCCUUCCGCACCAAUCACCUAUCAAGAUGCAGCACCUACAGCAACACUUCCAUGAACAACAACCGGAAGCGGCAGCUGCCCUGCUGGCAAUGGCCUCUGGUGGUGGAUGUAUCGGGUCUAGGCCGGGAACGGCCGCGCUAGAUGCAGCGCUUCUGGAACAUGGAACACGCAUGGAGCUGAUCCAGCAACAGCAACAACUGCAUCGUCUCGAAAUCAUGGAGGAUGUUAUGAAAAUACAGAUCAAACCGUCUCCGCCUGCAUCACCACUAAAGCCACCGAAUGCUGGUCCCAGAAGUUCGCCAGUUUCUCUGUUACUAUCACCGAAUAAAUCCAUACCACAACAGCAGCAGCAGCAGCAGCAGCAGCUUACCUUGGUUGGAACGAAGGAGAUCAGUGGAACAGUCCUGUUUCCACAGCAGAGCACAGCUCAGAUCAAACAAGAACCGGGUGUACCGGUAGCGGUCAAUGUAGAUGUGGUAGAUUCGGUAAAGAAAGAGUUCUGGGACGCGCAAGAAGUACAGUUGCAUCCUAGCAGCGUUGCACCGUCAGCAUCUACUUGCGACGUGAAGGAGGUGAAAGAUAGUGCAUGUGAGGUAAAGGAUGAAAAAUUGCCUCUGUCGCUUGAAACUGGGGAAAAGUUGCUGCCAACCACAAUCAUGACAGGUGAAACUGAUAAUGUUACUAUUAAAGCGGAACCUACGGCAUCACCAUUAGCAUUGGGUGAGAAAAAACCCGAACAACAUUCGCCUCCACAACCAUCCACUCCGGUGCAAGAACAACAACAGCAACUGGUUGUGGGCACUGCCGGGUCUGUUUCAUCUUCUCCACUGAAGCGCUCCCUUUCGCCGAACAAUCACCAUCACCAUCAUGCUGGACAUCACCAUUCGUCAAGCAGAAGCAAGAGGAGUAGCACAAGCGGAGAGCAGCAACAUACACGGUCGGAGAAAAAGCAAGCGGCAGAAAAGCCAAGCCGUAAGCUGACCCGCGAGGAGCGGAAAAUGGAAGCGAUAGUGAAGGCAUUUGCAAAGAUGGAACAAUCGCAACAGCGCAAGCAGGAGCUGAAGGAGCAAAGGAAGGACGGGGUUACGAUUCCGGGCAGUAAGCGACGCAGCGUUUCGACUUCGAAUGCCGGAAUGGGGGGCAAUCUAUCCGACGACGGUGGGAUCGAUGGUGCAGCAGGUGCGCUGUCAACAUCCAGCGGUGCAUUGUCAGCUAACACUUCCUGCGAUGGUGCAAAUGUCGAUCAGUCGUUCGGGACCUCGUCGUUCAACGCUAGUUCGUUCUCCAGCGGUGGCAGUUGCAGUGGAAGCAGCAGCAGUGGCGGUGGCAAGCGGAAAACAAGCAUCCGAUCAUCUUCUAAAACGCGUUCAUCGAAAAAGAAGAAAAGCAAGGCGGUCAGUCAGCAUUUCGCCUCCACGACGCAGCAACGUCGGAAGAAGCUUGCAGCAGCGGCAGCUCGGUCGAGAUCCAAAUCAAAGUCAACGGGCAACAGUCGGGUGCAGCAGCAACAGCAGCUAAAUGAUCAGCGGGAUCAAAAUCAACUGCAAUCGACAACCAGUGCUGAUGGUGGUGAAUCGUACGGGGCUAGUCAUUACGAUAAAGCAGCUGAACUACUGCUUACAUUUUCGCAAUCGGCUACCAGCAGCAGUGGAGCGGCACAAUUAAUGGGAGUCACGUCUGCGAACGUUGGAGGUGAACCUCCCGGCAUGGCCGUACAACCGCCGGUUGGUGUUGGUACUGGAAGCCUUCCGAUGUUGAGUUCCGCCUGUAUGCUGAUUGAAGCGGCUGUUGGUCCAUUGGAAAACGCUUCCACUAUGUUGAUGGGUGGACGUCCCUUGAACCUACCCAGUUCGGUGAUGCCUUCUACUGCAGUACCGUCACCGCCCGUGAUGGGACAGGUGCUAGAGUCACCCGCAUCCGCGGAGCAACAAGAUUUCAAGUACCCGGCGAAGGCGAAAACGAAGAAAAGCAUGAGCCGGGAAUGGUUAAGCGGUCACCAGCUUGCACUGGAGCAGCCCGAUUCCGGUUAUGCGACAACACCUACCGAAGAUCGAAACAACGCGAUUGAUGUGGGUUCAUCGUUGCCGCACCAUCGACAACCCUUACAUUUGAAAACCAACUUCGACGAUCAAACCGGCACGGGAGAAGGUGGUAAUAUUAUGAUUGCCGCCAAGAAGGUGGAAGAAUUCAUAAUGCAAAAUUCUCCCCAGCCAGAUGAUAAUGCGACAAACUGUUCUUCCUCCACAUCGGUUGUAAUUUCUUCGUCCAGCCAACACAGCGGCCCUAGCAACAAAUGGUCAACGAUUGUGUCAUCCAGUGGCGAAGUGAGUACGGGCGGUUCGUCGGAAAAGAUGGAGAGCGCCGCAGUAAAGAAACGUUGGCUCCGGCAAGCCAUAUCGGAGGAAACGGAUGAACAUCCGGGAGGACCCGGCGUGGGCUUACAUUCGUGUUCUUCGUCAUCGUCUUCGCCACCGCCACCCAACGGUUUUACCACUCCGCUUAAGAAACGACGUGUUAUUCGGGAAAAUCCACUAACAUCGGAUUCGAACAAUCAGAUCGUUGUUUCAUCAGAAUCACAGCAGCAGCAACAGCAUUUGCAACAACAAAUGUUCGUUUCAGCGAAUACCUCCAUCACAUCGAGCUAUACGGACGGUGGCAACUUAGUGGUUGGUGGAGCGAAUAGCGGACCUAACAGCAGUACGAUGUUUUGGGACCAUUCCGUCUCACCGGAGAAACAGGCGAUGGAUCUUUCCUCUCAUCGCGUUCCACCGAACACUAGUGGACCGGUGAAAAUGCUUACUCCUCUUCAUUUUGCCGAUCCUGGACCAAUGCCGACAGCAGGUCCGACUACGCCAUCAGUCGCGGUACCACCAACUGCGCCUGCUCCACCAUCGGGGCCACCAGCUCAGGUGGUAUUAGCAGCUCAACAACAGCCUUCGCCUACCAUUCCAGUUCAUCCCCAGCUGCAUCUUCCGGGUAGUGUAGGUGUAACUCCACCACCGCAUCAGCUGCAUCACCAUCACCAUCCGUACCCACUGCUACAGCAAAUCCGUCACCAUGCGCACCAUUCGAUUUCCCUGGCAAUGGCUACACAAAUGCCGUAUGAAACGAGCGUGAUAGUGGAAGAACCAUCAUCCAGUAAUGUUGAACAACCAUUACCGGGGAUUGCGUCUGAAACUAAGGAAGUAGAAAAAGAACCAGACUAUACGCCAACAACAGCUGCUGUUCCGGUGUACACAGGACCGCCACCUGCUGAAGUAAUCGAGGAACAAGUUGUAGAGCAGGAAGUAGAGGAGGUGGUCGACCAGGAGGUAAUGGUAGAGCAGGAAGUGUUGGUUGAGCAGGACGAACUGUUGGAACAGGAAGUGAUCGAACAGGAAGUGGUGGUGGAGCAGGAGGUAGUGGACGGUCAGGAGGCGCCGAAACAUGAUUCCACAACUGUCGUCGACGCUUGUGCUGCGUCUGAAGUAAUCGAACCGGCGAUGGAAACAUGCCAAUCGGAGGCAGAGCUAUCGGAACCAGUGAUCGACAGCAAAUCCUCUACACCCAGCAAAGGAAGCCAGAAAUACAUCGAACAUGAUGUAGAUGAUGAGUUCGCCGACCUGGUGGAAGAGAUUGUGCAGGAGUCGUAUGUGGUCGAGCGGAAAAAAGCGUCGGCAGAGAAGGCGCUGCAAAAUCGGCAACAAGAAGCGGCUAAAGAAUUGAGUGUUUCUUCCGCUGCAGAUGCAACAUUAUCGUCGGAGGCAACGGUUGAAGAGAAAGUACAGGAAAGCCUCAAAUAUGGACGUAAAGAGUUUUCGAAAGCUGUGGAACCUUCCACGGCAAUGAGUGCAUGCUCUGAACCAAUGCCUGCUGAAUCGUCUACUGUCGUCACGAUCGUGCCGGUGGAAAAGCGAAUUGAUGCGAAGGCUAAUAAGGAGUGCCCCAAAGAACAAGAACAAUCGGGGAGGCCUGUGUCUUCGGUAGCUACAAGGAAGAAUGAUAACAAAGCCGUCGGUGUUGAGGUUAGCUAUUCCGUAACGGAUAAAGAAAAGAGUGCGAUAGGCGAAGAUCAGCGUGACGGCGGAUCGGGCAUGGAAUCGUUAUCUUCAACGUUUGAUGAAAUUGUGGAAACGAUUGUCGAGGAACGGUUGGCCGCUAUGAACGACGAAUGUCCAACGGAGGUAAUCGACGAGGGUGAACAUGCCAGCGACGACACGGAUGGUGGUGCGGAAGAGGAAUCGGUGCUCGUGUAUGUGCAAGAGGAAGAGGAAGGAAGUCCCAGCAAGGUGCGCAUCGAAGACGAGGACAGCGAGGAUGCGUUGAUGCGUGAGGUGGAGGAAGAGAUGCUGGAAAUGAUGUCGGAAACCAGCGUACUGCGGCAAGGCCUAUCAGGCACGAACGAAGACGAGGAGGAAAGGGACGUACGGUUCAUUGCGGAGGAAGAGGACGAACCGGUUAAGCCGGCGGCGGUUGUGAAGCCCACGAAAAGUGAUAGCGCUCCUGAAAAGCCAAUGCCACCGGUAGCUAGUUCAUCGCCCAGCAAUGUCACUAAUGGUACGAAGGAGGAAUCGAACACCAAAUCGACACCCCCAACAGCGCGUCCUGCUGCCGCAACGGAAGACAACGAGCAGAGCGAACUAGCCGAUCUGCAAAAGGUGAUUGCGUCGUUCCAUUCCGAAAACAUCAUGAAUCUGAUCUCGAGAAACCGCAGCAAGUCGAAGAAGGGUGGUAGUAGCAGCGUAUCCCCACCGAAUGCAGUUAGAACGCCAUCGGAUGGUGUUACGGUGAAGAAGCAGGUGAAGCUAAACUUCGACCUAUGCGUGAGGGAUGACGCUGUCAAUGUAACAUUGCAAAAGACGACUGCCGGCGAGGAAGUAGCGACUGUGGGUAACGAAACCACAACUUCUGAGAUAAGUGCUCAGGCAGCAAGUUGUGGUGCCACUGUGUUACCUCCGAUGGUUCUGCCACCGUCGUCAGUGUCGGUGCUCGCAGCUGCAUCAACAACGGUAGCGACAUCUUCGCUCAUGUUGACACCACCACCACCUUCAAGUAGCGGGAUUAGCAGUAACUUGCAUACGAUCAAACCGAUUCCUGCACCUAGCAGCGCGGUCGUGGGUAGUGUUGUCAUUCCGUCGGUAACAACGUUCGGUAGCGAACCGAUCCGAUCCUUCUCAACGCUCCGACCGGAUCCUCCUAUGUCGGCAGCUGGUUUGGUACCGGGAGGACAUCUCAGUACGCUUGGUGGAUACCAUCUUCAUCAGCGUGCCGGGGCGGGCACAUCAUCCUUCCUCGACUAUUCAUCAGUGGGUUCGGCAGUCACACCGUCUGCGGGAACACCGUUGAACGUAGCUACAGGAGCAACGGGUGGAAUAUAUCAGUAUCGCUCGGAGGUAUCGAAUCUACUUGAACGGACCUCAAUGUUGGCACCGCUCCACCGUCCUACAAGCUUCUCGACACUUGGGUCGCUAACAUCUCCCCUGGUCGGUAGUGGAAGCGUUAAGUCAUCGCUUCUGCUUGGCUCCACCGAAUCGUUAUCAACCCUCGGCGGGACGGCUGCUACAUCCAUCGUAGCCGGUAACCUAACACCGACGGGAACAACUCCUCCGGGAGGCUUACCCGUCGUCGGAAGCUAUCCGAAGAUAUUCACCAAAACAGCCAGCUCGGAUCCACGGCUUAAUCCGGCGCUGGUUGCAGCAUCGUCCGGUACGGACGCUACGUCCACUCCUGGAACAAGUCCAGCAAGCGCCCCGAUUACUCCGAAACGCAAACUCUCCAUUACUGAGUACCGCAAGCGUAAGCAGCAAACUUCCACCGAAGGUAGCGCUUCAUCGACGACGAGCACAACACCGACGACCACCACAGGAAUGGGAGCGUCUGCGACACUCUCGCCGACGGCGGCUUUAGCAUCCGUGUCGGCCCUAUUGGCGGCAUCCAAGGGAAGCAGAAGGGAAGAGCCUACAUCUGGUGGUGGUGGAACGUCUUCCGUGAGCAGCACGAUCAGCAGCAACGAUGUGAGCAGUUCGAUCAGCCGGGAGCUUAUCAUGGCACUGGAUCUCGACCUACCGGAGGAAGCGAAAUCGGGCGACAAUUCCAACUCCUCAUCAUCUUCGUCCAGCAUCGGUGGUCGUGUUCGGGGCGUAGUGACCGGUAUCAGCAAUGGAACGUUGGGGAAAUUGAGUGGGAAAGAUCCGAGCGGUGGAAGCAUUUCACCGGCGGACCAUGCAACAACAAACCACCAUUUGCACCAUCACAACCACUAUGAGGGGCUAUCGUCGACAGAAGAAAUAACGACCACUUUCAGUGCAACGCCCACCUUGGCCGAGUUGCGCAGCGAGGGUGGAAUGUCGGCAGAGCGGUUAAAAUCGCUCAAAUAUUUCCCCUAGAGCGUCGCGGCUCGUACAUUUGUCGAUGCAGUUACGUGCGAAACCCGGAGAAGAUCAUCACCGUAAUUGUUGACAUGCGGGUCAUGUCGUUAACAAACAAAAUAGCGACACCACAUUCGAACGUCAUUUAGGGUUAUAAUCGUUCAGUAAGUGCAGUGAAGCGGUCCUCAGUAAUAGGGGACUCAGUCAGUCUACUUAUAGGGAAUUAAGAUGGCAAUGUGUGUUGUGUGUACACCUCAGGAAGAAAAGAAGCAAUAGGGGGGGUAGGAUUUAAUUUACUGCUUUCUCUGACGGUUUCGAGGAUUGACGAAAUCAUCGUUAGAUGAAGGUGUGUUGGUGUAGCCAUUGCGCCCCAGCACCAGUCAGUUCUUGUUCCGGUGUUUAACCUAUGAAAAGGAUACGUUUUGAACGAGUUUGUGUGCGUUUAAAAAGCAAACAUACGUAUUUUAAAAAGAAUACUUAAUUUUGAGACAAGCACAAAGCAAAGAUAUUUUUUUUAAAUAUAUAGCUACAGACUACUACAACUACCUUGCCCUUCCCGCAAAACCUAAGGGUUUACACCUUAACCUAACCCUCACUUUCCCCUACCUUUUCAUUCUUCCUGUUGUUGCACAUGUUGUCUGUCUCCCAGGAUAAUGAAGCACUUUACAAACGUGCAUCGUGACGUAAAUCAAAAUUGUAAAACGCUCGAAAUAUCAAAAAGGAUCAAACGCAAGAGAUUACAAAAUCAAACUUAGAGAGAUGCGAGCAAAAGUCAUCACGCCGUGUCCCGUUCGAAUUUGCGGAGACCGUUCGAUGUCAGCGCACAGGCACACACGAAAUGCUUGCGUGUGGGUUUGCAUACACCUAGUACAAAGUACAAAAGCGAGACAGAAGCGAGGGACACAGGGAUUUAAUAGAAACAAGGAGGCAGGAGAAAUCGAACUAUAUAUUGUAUAACUAUAUUUUUUUAUUUUUGAAAAUGAAGUAAUUUAAUAAACACAAACACCACACACCACACACACAUUAGAAAGCGAAUAUUGUGUGGGUAGGAGGUAGCUUUAGGAGAUCGCCACCGGUAAUGGAAAAAAAAUCCGGAUCAGAACCGCAGAUUUAUCUUUUAGUACCUUAUUUUUCAUUAGCUAUUUGGUGUAUGCUCUCGAGGUUUAGAAGCGUUUUGUGUUGUGAAGGGAUCGAAUUAGAUAUUUAGCACAGAAUUUCUCUGAUCGAACGAGAAACAAUGUGUAGGUUUAUAGGCGGUACAGUACACAAAUUCAUUUCAAUUUUUACACUGUUUGUUAUGCUUUAAUAAUAACCUCGUCGUCAGUAAGCCCUUAUGGUUAGUGAGAUAUGAACUACAUUACAUGUGAUUUUUCUUUCACUCCUGUUCUGCGUUCUUCUGCGUACAAUUUCUCUUUUUGUAUUUCCAUUCUGUUAUCUUUGCUUUCCUUUGCUGUUUGAGUUAGUUUUCAUAUUAGCAACAAAGAAAUUGAAUUAUUGGAACAAUAUGAAACGCCCGAUGCAUAGCAUAAAAUGUGGUAAUUUUCAAGAAAAACAAAAACAAAACACAAUAUGCAAUUUACCGAAUGAUACUAAAAACACAUAACACAACACAACACAACACAAAUUCUCUCUCUCUCAGUUAGAAUUAUAGAGAAGAAUGUAAUUAUUUUUUUAAAAUAAUUUAGUAGCUUUUGUGGUGGGUGAAACAUGUUCAGUUGGUUUUGUGGUAUAAUUUUCUCACAUACGAUUCUCUUGUGUUUUGUGUCAUAAGCUUUAGCAAGACCUGCUUCUAUGUAAUAUAUAUAUAUGUAUGUAUAUGUAAAUGUAUAACAAGGAAAAAAAACUACAUACUCUAUUUGCAAUGGCAAAAGGUCCGUGCAUGGAUUGGAAGGAUGUAAUUAUAUAAGUAAACACUUUUCAACGGACAAUUUUUAACAAAACCAAACACAAACAAUUUGCUUGCGUUCGUUUAGUCCGGAUGGGUGUUUGUGUGUGAGAGAGAGAGUAUAAAUUUUGGGAAUUGCAUUUUGCUACAACGAGUGCUGUAAAAGCCGAAAUGAUAACGCAUAUACACACUACCAAUCAACUACAAACUCUGAGUACGUUAAGUGAAGGACACACACACACACGGGGAAAGAAGAAAUAAUUUAAAUCGUUUGUGUACAUAAGGAAAAUAAUUGGAAUGCAGGAACAAUAGAUUAACAUUUUUUUUAACAAAUCUGUUAAAAAGAAACAUUCGGACACUCUUUACUAUACUUAAGUUGUUAAGUGUUCACGAAAAGCAAACACACACAGAGUUACGUUUGUGUGUGUUUCGUUGCAUCCCAGUUGAAAUACAUCCCGUUCUGCUGUGGUGGUGUGUUUUGCGGUUGUGUAUGUAAUAUAGAAAUGGUAAGCUCAUACUAAAUAACUUAUUAAACAGAGUAGAAAACCUAACUUCGCCUAGUGUAAGAAAGAAAAAAAAACAGGACACAUUAUUCUUCUAUCUCCCCCUUUCUCUCUCCCUUACUCUCUUUCUGUACAAAGGCAAAGUGGGGAAGUGAAUUUACAUGAUAAUUAUUUAAGAAACUGGAAAGAAAGGUGAAUAAAAACACGGUAAUCAACUACAAAAAACCCCAUGUGGACAACAUUUACAUUAUUUGAUACGAACAAAAACGAAGCAUUGUAAAUUUUGAUUGUACAUAAUGAGAUUUGCGAAGUGAAGCAAACAUGAAAAGCAGCUUUAUAUAGUGCGCGCAGUAUGUGAAGAAGUUAAGCGUGAUAUAUAUAG